AUAACUCAGUAUCUCGCAAACGUACUAUACACUAUAGUUCUAUUGUUUCUAAUUCAUAUCUGGUCCACCUGUGCCACCUGCGGGGCCGCAUUGACCACUUCUGUGCGCUUGUCUCUCGUUGCCACUUAGGCUUGCGCUAGGGGCACUGCUUUUGACCUUUUGGAACACAAGCAACAGCACGUUAGGCUAGCUAACGGAGUUACCAUGAAGGACGACGCGGCAGCGGCAGCGGAGCGCCCGGCGGACAUGCCCACGGACGCCGCGGACGCUGCCGGGCCGGGCCCCAACUCAGCUGCCGUGGCCGCGGCCGCUGGCUCAGCAGGCAUGUUCCGCCGCAAAAAGGGUGGCGCCAACAUUCGUAAGCGCGGCGGGGCGGAGGGCGGCAGCGACGACGACGAGGCGGGGGGUGGCGUGGUGCGCAAGGCCAAGGCCGCCAAGUCGGACGCGCCGCUGGCGUUCACGACCAAGAAGGACGACAAGGAGACGUUAAUGGUGGAGUUUGCGGGCUCCAAGGCGCUGCAGGACGGGAAAGACACGCUCGCGACACGCGUGCUGGAGACGGAGACGGAAUAUGACCGGGACGCACGGGCGCGGCGCGAGGAGGUGCUUAAGCAGGCCACGGCGGCGGAGGGCGCGGCGGACGACGGCACGUACAAGGGCAUGAACGCAUACGUCGACUACCGCAAGGGCUUCCGGCGCGAGCACACGGUGGCGGCAGAGAAGGGCACCGGCUCGCACGGCCCCCUGCGCGGCAACGCCUACGUGCGCGUGACGGCCCGCUUCGACUACCAGCCGGACGUGUGCAAGGACUACAAGGAGACCGGCUACUGCUCGUACGGCGACACGUGCAAGUUCAUGCACGACCGUGGAGACUACAAGAGCGGCUGGGAGCUGGAUAAGAUGUGGGAGGAGGAGCAGAAGCGCAAGGCGGAGGCCCUUGCCAAGGGCUGGAACCCGGACGCCGAUGGCGAGGAGGAGGAGGAGCAGGGAGGCGGCCGGGAGGAUGACGAGCUGCCGUUCGCUUGCUUCAUCUGCCGCGAGCCCUGGGAGGCCUGCAAGUCGCCGCCGGUGGUGACGCGCUGUAAACACUACUUUUGUGAAAAGUGCGCGCUCAAACACAACGCCAAGACGACCAAGUGUGCGGUGUGCGGAGUGGCCACACAGGGCAUCUUUAAUGUGGCGCAGGACAUCAUCAAGCGCCAGAAGCGCAUGGGCGUGGUGGGGUGAAACGCACACGCCGGGCUGGCGGGGUUCGAUUGUCAGGCGGGGUUGAGGUCUGGUGUGGCGUGGCGUGGUGAUGGAGGCGAGUUCGUGAUGGAACAUGGCAAGGGGCAGGAAAGCGUAGUCCCGAUGUGUGUGGCUCCCACCCGUGCCCACAUAAAUGCGUAGCAAGAAGGGACAAGGCAUUGGCAGUCGACCGGCGUCCACGGAUGAGCUGUGUAGACGAGCACUAGCGUAAUGCAACGGCGUGCAGCAAAACAAUGGCCGGGCGACAGUGUGACAAGCAGGGGCAAGAACAAGGCGAAGCAAAGCAGAAGAGGGGCCCGAAUGUGUACGACAAGUGUGGCGGGCAGGCCGAAUGCGGUGCAACACGCCAACAACACAACCGGAGGUGAGGAAGCGUUGCUGAUGGUGAGGAUAGGUGCUGCGACGUUCGGUAGGGGAGCUGUGGCCGCGCACUAGAUGGGAGGAAGUUUCCGAGGUGUUGUUUCCGAGGCAUUGUUUGUGGCUGAUGUUUGUGGCUGAUUAAGAAAGAAGCAGAGUUUCGGCUGUGAGCGGCUGGCGAGGAGAGGCGGGGGCUGUUGCGUUUUGGAAGGCGGGCGGAAGGCCGCACACGCCGGGAGUCGGGCAGGCUGUAGAUUUCGCUGAAGCUGUGUUUGAGAAGGGAGCCGAAGGGACAGCUGGGGUGGGACAGUUGGUGUGGGACAGCUGGAAGGGACAACUGGAAGGGACUACUGGAAGGGACAGCUGGGAGGGACAUCUGGGAGGGGACAGCGGAUGUGGGACUGCUGGGGUGGGACAGCUGGGGAGAGGCACGGGACAGCUGGCAUGGGACGCUGGGUGGCUGCAGAGGCUGGCAGCGCUGGGGCUGGCCGCGUGGCCAGCAGGAGGGAAGGGAAGCGGUGGUGCGGGCAGGGCCGGCAGGACGACGGCGGCGGCGACUGGUGGCGCGGGGGCCGGAGGGGGAGGCGGUGGCGGGGCCGCCGGCGGAGGAGGGGGCAGAUCCGGGGGCGGCAGGAGGCUGAGGAGCCCGCGUGAGGUCAUGGUACCCGGCAGCAGUUGGCGAUGCCGACAAUAGAAGCGCAUGAGGGCCUUGCGGAGGAAGGGGCGCGGGUAGGCGCGCAGAUGCAGCCGCCGCAGCGUGCGCCGUGCUGACGUGAUGAAGGUGCCGAGGGUGGUGCAGAGCCGCGCAAGGGUGACGAGGGCGCCGAUGACAACGUUGAAGCGCACGUGCCGGGGGAUGCAGGAGUAGAACGGGGUGAAGCGGGAGACGCCGAGCUGCGCAAACUUGGGGCUGUCGCGUUUGUCGUACGGCUGUAGGUCGUACACGACGUGCCCGUAGAUGUUGCUGCUGUGGGGGGUGAUGGCGAAGUUGAGGUAAGGCGUGGCGACGCCGGCGGCGGGUGUGGCGCCGGAGGCCGCCAAGGUGAGGUCGGUGGAGUAGAUGCCAGGGAUGCCGGCAAGUGAUUGGGAUUGCAGCAGCAGGUGGGGAAGGAAGGGGUUGCAGCAGCCGAGGAGGUCGUCGGUGUACCGCUGGGUGUCUUGGAACGCCAGUAGCACAUCAAGGGCGAGGGAAGCUUCCGCGCACAAGGAGCUGGCGGAGGGCAUGAAGACGCGGGUGUAGAGUGCGUGCUGCCAGCGCAACUCAUCAUAGGCAAGGACCAGGUAGGGCUGGCCGCGGUAGGAGGUGUAGGCAUGCGCAAGCAGGGCGCGCAGCACCGUGCGGAGGACGCCGGGCGUCCACAUAUAGUAUCGGCCGUGAGCGUCGAGACCUCGAUGCGGAUGGGGAGCAGGCGGGGGGCGCCCGCGGCGGGCGGCGGAGGUGGAUUUGGGGCUGGCGCGGGCAAGCCAUGCGGCUUCGGUAGGCCACUGGGCUUCGGCUGCACGGUUGUACGGGUAGAACUGGAGGCCGGCGGCUCCAUCAUGCAGGGUGGAGAGGACGAGGGAGAAGAGGUUGACCAAAUGCUCGAUGCAGGUAGGAAUAGGCAGGUUGGUGAAGAGCCGUUCCACGUCAUAUGUGCACACGGCCGGCGCGGAGAUAGGGCCGGGCAGCUGACAUGGCGCGGCAGUCGAGGCGGUGUAGGUGACGGUGGCGAUGGGGGGCCCAGGGGCAGGGGGCGGGUACCGGAUCGUGCGGCCGAAGGUGAGGGUGCCAGUGUAGGGGCAGGAUGUCGCGGGGUCCUCAACAGGCUGCGGCGCGUGCAGGGGGCAGUGCCAGGUGCCCAUGCGGUGGGCGGCGCGUGUGCUGAUUGCGGGCCGUAAGCAUGCGCCGUGGGCGCCGACGAGGCAUGUGGCACGGCCGUCGGUGCGAGCGCCGGGGUGAUCACACAGGAUGAGGCCGUGACCAUUGGUGCGGCCGCAGACAGCACAAGGGAAGUCCGGGGCGGGGGUAGUCGGGGCAGGCGCGGAAAGAGGGCUGCGUACAGUUUCGGCAGGGUGGCGUCCAGCGUACGGAGGAAGCCGGUGAGGACGACGGCGGCAUCGGUGGUGGGGAUGGCGGGAGAGGCGGUGAUGUAGCGAAAACCGAAGGGGGUCUUGUGGCACUUGCCGGUGCCGUAGUUGACAGGUGGCGGCCGGGCGGCGUGGAAGGGGAGCCCCAGCGGCUGCAGCAUAAGCCCGACGGCGGUAAGGCUGGCGGAGUAGUCAGCACGGGUGGCGACGGCGUAGAAAGGGGAUGCUUGCAAGUCGGCGGCGAGCUUGGCAUGAUAUAGGUGGGGGCACACGGCGACAAAGUUGUCCGGGCACUUGUCCAUGACCGUGAUGAUGAGGUUGCGGCGGACGCUGCGGAAGGUGGCGGUGGCGGCGGCGACAUCUGCGGCGGAUAGCGGAAAUGCCGGUGGAGGCGGCGGUGUGGGGGCGGGGUGGAGGAGCAUGUCGGCAUCGACGGAGGCGGCGGCGGAAGGGUCGACAGUGGCGCGCAGGGCAGCGGCGGCGGCGUUGACCCAAGAUGUGGCGGAGUCGGUGGUGAUGCGUGCGGCGCGGGCGGCGCGUCGGCAGUACGGAGGCGAGUUGUGUUACGAGGUGGUCUUAACACUUGGCUGACCCGAAUGCCGCAGCUGGACGUGGCUGCUCAGGAGUAUCAGGCGGAUUUGGUGUUGAGGCAGAGGGGCUUUAGUGGAGCCGAUGCGGUGCUAGAACUGUUAUUGAUGAGCGUGGUCCGUUACAGGCUCAAUCGGCACUCGGAGUGGUGUGCUGUCGGCUGGGCGGGAAUGCGCGUCCUGACCCAUGAGAAACUCCGAGCAUUCGUGAUUCAUGUAAUGCUGAUGAGAG